GGAGUUUGAAUCAGAAAUCCGGUUUUACUCUGGAGAUGAUCCACUGGAUGUCUGGGACCGGUACAUCAAGUGGACAGAGCAAACCUUCCCCCAGGGUGGAAAGGAGAGUAAUCUGGCAGCAAUACUGGAAAGGGCAGUGAAAGCUCUCAAUGAACAGAAGCGAUACUACAAAGAUCCCCGUUAUCUUAACCUCUGGCUCAAGUUUGGAAAUUACUGUAAUGAGCCCUUGGAUCUGUACAGUUACCUCCGCAGCCAGGAAAUUGGCACAACGCUGGCACUGCUCUACAUCACAUGGGCAGAAGUACUGGAGGCUAGAGGAAGCUUUAAGAAAGCAGAUCUGAUAUUCCAGGAGGGCCUGCAGCGCAAGGCUGAACCUUUGGACAGACUCCAGUCUCAUCACAGGCAGUUUCAGACCCGUGUCUCUCGGCAGACGCUACUGGGGCUUGAGGAGACUCCUGAUGAAAAAGACACAGGUCUUCUGGGAACUGCAGAACCUCAGAGAACCUCACUGGCAGACCUAAAAGGCAGGGGGAAGAAAAAAAUGAGAGCCCCAAUCAGCCGUGUAGGAGAUGCGCUUAGAGCCACAAACCAAACCAGAAGCUUCCAGACUCCAGCUCCUCAGCAACUUUCCAAUAAUCCAGGAUUUGCUGUGUUUGAUGAAAAUUCAGCUUCUGGACCCGAGAUUCCUGCUCUUACACCACAGCCAUGGACAGCACCUCCAGCACCGAGGGCCAAGGAGAAUGAAUUGAGUGCAGGACCUUGGAACUCUGGCAGGCGUCCUCGCAGCAAUGUGAAUUCUGGUCCAGAAGUGUCCUACCCACUGCCCAGUUUCACCCCUUAUGUGGAAGAGUCAGCUCAGCUGCAAGUCAUGACUCCCUGCAAAAUUGAACCCAGCAUAAACGGGGUUUUAAGUGCUCGCAAACCUGAGAAAGAGGAGGAUCCACUGCAGCGAGUACAAAAUCAUCAGCAGGAUACUCAAGAGAAGAAAGAGAUGGUGAUGUACUGUAAAGACAAAGUUUAUGCUGGAGUUGAAGAGUUUUCCUUGGAGGAGAUCCGAGCUGAAAUCUACAGAAAGAAAGCAAAAAAGAAAGCUGAAGAGGAGAUGCAGGCCAUAGCUCAGGAGAUGGAUGAAAUACAAAGGAAAAUUGAGGAGCUGGAGAAGAAAUUAAAGAAGAAAGAAGGUGAUGUGCAGCAGCAACCAUGUGAACAGCUAACAGAGAUAACUGAACCUCCCCCACCUUUGGGACUGCAAGGAUUUACUUCUUCCAGUGAAACAGAAGUUGGGGAGAAACAGCCUCAGUUGCAAAGUGAACUCCAGGUCUCUGAAGAUACUCAAGUCCAUAAACCCCCUUGUUCUGAGGAUGUAGGUCUCCUUCCCUCACAGGAUCCUUCUACGUUUUUCACCGUAUUUGAUGAAUCCUCUACUUUGGCAAAUCAGAAUAUAAGUUGUCCUGCAGAUCAUGCACAGAAAAGUGCCCGGCGUCCUCUUGCUGUUCGUAAACCUUCAGGUUGUCUAACUGCAAAUGAACACGUGUCACCAGAAGCCUCUGAUGAGCUGAUUGGAAUUGAACCUUUGGCUGAAGAUGCAAUUGUGACAGGCUCCUACAAGAACCAAACCAUUUGUGCCAACCCAGAAGACACGUGUGACUUUGUUAGGGCUGCCCAUCUGGCUUCAACACCCUUUCAUGGGGUGGUAGCUCAGAGAAUCCCAGAUCCUGGUUUGUCCCAGAGUGUCCUGAAGGAAAACUGUCCGGAAGCUAAAAGCACACCCCUGAAUCAAGAAACGCUGGUGUGUGAGGGAGUGUAUAAUGAAGCUCUGUGUGUAAAUAAACUGAGCCCAAUCAUGGAAGCAAGCCUGGAAGAUACUCACUCCUCAGGUGGUUCUGUCUCCUCAGGAUCGUCUCUUUCCUCUGUUACACAAACAUCUACUAUGAAAUACCUGCAUAUCCCUCAGAAACUGGAGCUUGCCCAGAGCUUGCCUGCUGAAACAGCUGCUGAUUCUGGAGGGAUCAGUGAAAACACGACUGGUGAUGAUGUAACUCAGAUCCUGUGUAACACUGAACAGCGUAAGAAGCUUUUAGAUCCUGUGCCAGGAUCACUGACUGCUUCUCCCUAUUUCCAUCUGGAGAAUGGCCCUCUGCCUGUCAUGGAGCUUGAGAAAGAUGUUGAGCUAGGGAAUGACACAUACUGCAUCAAAUGGGAAUAUUGGACCAAGGAAGAAUACAAGAUGUUUUUUGCCAUUCCAGCUAACAUUCCCCAGUUGGAUGCAAAGGGAUUUGCAAUAAAGGUGUAUUCUCAGCCCAUACCUUGGGAUUUUUAUAUCACCCUUCAGUUACAGGAGCGUUUGAGUGCUGACUUUGACCAGAACUUCAGUGAGGACUGCUGCUGUUACCUGUUCCAGGAUGGCUGUGCUGUUUUGCACAGGGAUAUCAAUCGCUUCACGCUUGGGGAUGUUAUCCGUGGCUCUAAGACCAUCACAGAGGAAGUUAUCCUACUGGUUGUUUAUAAUCUUCUGGGUGUGGUAGAGAAGCUCCACAAAGCAGAGAUUGUCCAUGGAGAUCUCAGUCCAGAUGUGUUCUUUCUGGGAGACAGGAUCUGUGAUCCGUUUGCUAAUGAAGAGAUGAUGAGAGCUCUGAAGAUAGUGGACUUCUCUCACAGUCUGGAUUUGAGAUUGCAGUCUCAAGUAAGCUGGCCCAACAGCUUUCCCAUUUCCCAGACCCCUCACGGACAACAGCUUCUGGCAAAAAGUGCUCUUCCGUACCAGGUGGACUUGGUUGCCAUUGCAGAUAUAGUUCAUUUGAUGCUGUUUGGGGAUCAUAUCCAGGUCUACCAAGAGAAUUCCAUUUGGAAAAUCAGCCAAAAUGUAUCAAAGACUUUUGACAGUGAUUUCUGGAGUAAACUUUUGGGAAGAAUUGUGAAUGCAGAUGGUAAGUCCACAGUGCCUCUGCUGAGGGCGUUAAGAGAGGAAAUAAGUGACAUGUUUGACAGCAGCUUCCAAGGACGACUUUGUGAAUCCUUAGCUGAACUGGGAGAAACUCUUGGAGAACUUCCUGGGAUUUCCUAG